GUGAGUGAGUGGCGUUGGCAGGCUGUCAAUCCCUCACCGGAGCGGCCAUCAAACAACAUAAAACACACACAGGCACCGGGCGGCGGGGCUCAUAAAUUCCAGCGGGCUGAUAUUUUUGCACAUUGCUUUGCAGAGAAUUUUUGGUGGACAAGUGGGGAAAGACAUAAAAAGCAACAAUAAAAAUAAAAAAGGAAAAAAAAAAAAGCUUUGGAGGAAGAUUGUACCAGGAAAAGAAAACUGCAAAGAAACCUUAUCAACUCAUUUAUCCAAGCCACAAAUAUGAUGAUGAUGAAAGAAGAUUGUAACUAAAGAAGAGUGAUUUACUGCACUGGGAAGGAGAAGAGAGUGGAAUAAACAGCUGAGAUCCGGUCAAAACACAAAUACUAAUUUUUUUUGUUGUUGUUGUUGUUUUGUUUGGCUUUUUUUUUUCUCUCUCUUUCUUUUUUUUUUUUUUUUUUUUUUUUUUUUUUUUUUUUUUUGGUGUGUGUGUGCAAGAGCGAAAUAAGGAGUCAGGAACUGGGACUGACUCUGGGAGCCGGGGGCUGGUCGGCGCUUUCCCUCGCCCCGAAGCCCGGCGCUCUCCCGCCCCGGCAGCGCGGCCCGGGCCGCGGCAGGAGGGAUGGACGAUCAGUCCAGGAUGCUGCAGACUCUGGCCGGCGUGAACCUGGCCGGGCACUCGGUGCAGGGGGGCAUGGCCCUGCCUCCUCCCCACGGACACGAAGGGGCAGACGGCGACGGCAGGAAGCAGGACAUCGGCGACAUCCUCCAUCAGAUCAUGACCAUCACUGACCAAAGCCUGGAUGAGGCACAAGCAAAGAAACACGCACUGAACUGCCACAGGAUGAAACCCGCCUUGUUCAGUGUCCUCUGCGAGAUCAAGGAGAAAACAGGUUUGAGCAUCCGAGGAGCCCAGGAGGAAGACCCUCCCGAUCCCCAGCUAAUGAGACUAGACAAUAUGCUUCUGGCAGAAGGAGUCUCAGGUCCGGAGAAAGGUGGGGGAUCGGCGGCAGCAGCUGCAGCCGCAGCAGCCUCUGGAGGGUCUUCAGAUAACUCUAUUGAACACUCAGAUUACAGAGCCAAAUUGACCCAGAUCAGACAAAUCUAUCACACAGAGCUGGAGAAAUAUGAACAGGCAUGUAAUGAAUUUACCACACAUGUGAUGAACCUGCUCAGAGAACAGAGCCGGACACGUCCCAUUUCUCCCAAGGAGAUUGAAAGGAUGGUGGGCAUCAUUCAUCGAAAAUUCAGCUCCAUCCAGAUGCAACUCAAACAAAGUACUUGUGAAGCAGUAAUGAUUUUAAGAUCGAGGUUCCUCGAUGCCAGACGGAAAAGGCGUAAUUUCAGUAAACAAGCCACAGAAAUCUUGAAUGAGUAUUUUUAUUCCCACCUCAGUAACCCCUACCCCAGUGAAGAAGCCAAAGAAGAGCUGGCAAAGAAGUGCAGCAUCACAGUAUCGCAGGUGUCCAACUGGUUUGGCAAUAAGAGAAUCAGGUACAAGAAGAACAUCGGGAAGUUCCAGGAAGAAGCCAAUCUCUACGCGGCAAAGACGGCUGUGACCGCAGCGCAUGCCGUGGCCGCGGCCGUCCAGAACAACCAGACAAACUCCCCCACCACACCAAACUCUGGUUCUUCUGGUUCUUUUAACCUCCCAAAUUCUGGGGACAUGUUCAUGAACAUGCAGAGUCUGAAUGGGGAUUCUUACCAGGGGUCCCAAGUCGGAGCCAAUGUGCAGUCACAGGUGGAUACCCUGCGUCAUGUUAUCAAUCAGACGGGAGGAUACAAUGAUGGCUUGGGAGGAAAUUCACUGUACAGUCCACAUAAUUUAAAUGCUAAUGGAGGCUGGCAGGACGCAACUACUCCAUCUUCUGUGACUUCCCCUACAGAAGGGCCGGGAAGUGUGCACUCUGAUACCUCUAACUAAUCUCCUAGCAACACUUUUUCCCUGAGCUGAUAUGCCUUGAUUAGCGCAUUCAGAGUUACAGGAGAAAAAGGAAAAUGUUUUUUUGUAGCCAACCACCUACAGCUUUACUGUAAAACCUUGUCUUAUUAGAAAACUUGGUAAAUCUGUUUUUUAAAGGUAUCAUAAUCAUUUGUAUUUAUACUUAAAACACACAAUGUUAAAAAGCACUUUAUCCAAUUAGGCCAAGAUUUAGCAUUGUUUAUAGCCCUGUAACUAUUUUAUCAUAAUUUAUUAUCAGCAGUUUUAACGAUGUCGGUCUAACAGUUGCCAAUUACUUGGCCUUAAGGGUAAAAGUACAGGACAAGCUUAACCUCAAUAGCAAGAGCAGACACAAAGAAACACCUCACCUAAAUUUAACUUUGUGCGUAUUUCCAUGGAAAGUCGAAAUGAAUUGCAGACUUUGAUUGUGUUUAAUCUUUUCAUAUCUCUUAUAGAGUUGGAAUAAAAAGAGCUGUUCGGUUAUUUCGGUUAACAAUGGUUGUGUUUAAGAAUCCUUAUUCGUCACAUUUUUGUUGUGAUCGAUUGUCUUACAAAUUAGAUUGCAAACCAGGAGCAUCUUUUCUUGCUAAAACUACCCGGACCCCGAGUCUCCUCUCGGUAUGUCGCCACCAGCCGUAGGUUGUUCUUAGGAGAUGAAGACACUUGCUGCUGAUCUCUGUGAAAGCCAAGACCCGGGGUUUUACAGUACGAGCUAGGUGCUGCACACGCCUGCCAAGAUUCGUUACCUCUUCUUGGCAGCAAACCACAAACAAACAGACAAAGGAAAAAAGCAAAGGAAAAAAGCACCAUCAUAUGGAGUGUUGUACAUAGUGUAGCAAAAGAGUAUUUAUACAUCUCACCAAUCAAACACAGCUUUAUUACCUCAUGCGAACUCAUACAAACCAAUAGACUUUCAACAUGUUCUGUAGCUUAGAGUGCUCACUUACUACCUCUGAACGAUACUCACGCUGUAGUUUGUCUCUUUCUUAUCUUUUUGCAUCUUGUAAUUAACUCUUUGUUUCCCCAUGAAAUGUAAUGUACAUUGUAAUCUUUUAAAAGAAUCAGGGUUGCGUUGGCAACUUUUAAAGAAGCGGAAGUGGAAACAUGGGGUCUUAGGUUUAACACAAAACAGUGCAACUGUUGUAAAUACUGAGAAACAUUUUGAAUGUUCUUCAUCUUGUUACUAAUCCACGCAAAAACCAACAACUAAUUGUAAUGCAUACAGACUUCAGUAUUCAGUACUGUAUAUUUCCCCCUGUGUAACAGGGGGCCCUUUCUUUCUCUCUUUUGUAUUGUAUGCGAUUCUGAAACUGAUUGAGUCAUGAAAAUAAUUUGUGGCAGUGAUUCUAAUGUAUUAAACCGUUUCGUGUUACUUUCUAACUGGAUUACGCCCUGGAUUGAAAAGUCUUCCUCGUGGUAGUUAUAUGUAGUUUCAAACAUGAAUAAACUUUUUGCUUUCAUGAUCAAA